AAGAUAAAUUUUCUGAACUUCGCAAUAUGCUGCAUAUGUCUUGGCACCAGUCAGCUCACUGAGGGACUCCCACAUGCGUCAGAAGAGGUCUACGGUACUAAUGAGGAGCCGGCCUUCUGUCAUAAAUUAGACUGUCCAAGAUUUACAGUAAUUGAGACAUUUAAGACAUAUGAACUUCGAAAGUAUGCACCAUCAAUGUGGGUUUCUACACAAAUAAAGAAAAUGGAUUUUACUGAACAGGACAGGAAGGAGCUAUUUGACAAACUGUUUUACUAUAUAUCUGGAAACAACACUGAACAUAUGAAAAUACCAAUGACAGCCCCGGUUGUGGAGACAGUUUUACAUGGUCAAGGUCCAGAUUGUGAAAGCACGUUCACUUUUCAGUUUAUGAUACCGUUUGACCUGCAGAAAUCACCCCCACAGCCAACUGCUCAAGAUAUUAACAUUACUACCAUGCCAGAGAUGAGCGUUUACGUCAGGGUUUUCGGUGGAUAUUUGAAUGGCACAGACAUACAGAACAAUAUUAUAAAGCUUUCGGAAGACAUCAACGACUCCAGCAAAUAUAUAGCAAACCCCUACUAUUCCGCCGGAUAUGACAAUCCUUUCCAGAUUCUUAACAGACAUAACGAGGUCUGGCUCCGUGCCAGUUGA